CCUCUACUUGAGGUCCCAAGUUAGCAAAGCAUCUCUCUACACUGCUUUUGCAUCAAAGCAAGCUUUGCUCAUAUGGCUGUUUCCAUGACUAAGUUGUUUGCAACUUCUCCAUCAAUAGCUGCAUUCCCUUCCCAUCCACCAGCUCAAGCAAGAGCCAUUGGUUCACCGUUGUUUAAAAGGGUGGUGGCCGUGUCGGCAGUGGGUGAUGUCUCAUCGGAUAGUACAACGUAUCUCAUUGCCGGUGCAGCUGCAGUAGCACUAAUUGGCACUGCAUUUCCUAUAUUGUUCUCUCGCAAGGACAUUUGUCCUGAAUGUGAUGGUGCUGGGUUCAUCAGGAAGGCAGGGGCCACUUUGAGAGCCAAUGCUGCAAGGAAGGAUCAAUCUCAGAUUGUUUGUCCCAACUGUAAUGGUUUGGGAAAGCUUGGACAGAUUGAUAAAUGAAACUGGUUUGUUAUUAGAAUGAGAUAUAUCUUUGCUUUGAUGAUGUUAUAUGUUGUGUUUUAAAGACUGGUUUCAUGUGUUCUAAAGCUUGCUCUGCAAUAUAUUAUUUGUACAAGUUAAGACAUUGUUAAAAGAAUUUGGUGUAUGUUUUGUUUAUA